CUUUAUUUCUGAAACCAUUUUAUUUUUUUCUCCCCCUAUCCUUAUGUUGUGUACAUAAAUUUUGUCACCUUUUGUUUUAUCUUUUCUCCUUUUUGUUUUUGACAUAUCACGUUGGAGGAAUCCCAUUGUUGAAUUGUGUGAUUGAGCCUGAAUCUUUUUCUUAUGCAAAGCACAUGAUUAUUUUUUAAUUACUUAAUUAUGUCUUCACCACCGAACUCCCCUAAGAAUAAGAUAAAGUUUUUAUGUAGCCAUGGAGGCAAGAUUCUUCCCCGGCCAGCCGACGGUCACCUAAAGUAUGUUGGAGGCGAGACUCGUGUUAUCUCCGUUCCUCGGGACAUUAAAUUUCAUGAGUUAAUGAAGAAACUGAGUGCCCCAAUUGAGGGUGACAUGGUUCUGAAAUAUCAAUUAGUGCCUGAAGACCUGGAUGCCCUUGUUUCAGUAAAAUCGGACGAAGAUCUACGCCACAUGCUUGAUGAAUAUGAUCGUUGUGAAAUUGCAGGAGUCCCACGGCUCCGAGCCUUUCUCUUCCCAGUAAAGCCUAUUGUCCUGGACCACCACGUCGCGUCUUCAGAACCUCUAGAACAGAGAUACAUUGAUGCUGUCAAUGGCAUUGUUCGUAUAUCAGAAGCAGGAAUUUUCAGGUUACAUCCGCCUCCAGGCAUAAGCCACGCGUCCUUUGGCAUUUCCUCUGCCUGUUCCUCCCCAAGGUCUCCAGAGAGUUGCACGACUGAAGGCGUUGUUAAUCAGGAAAACUUCACGCAAAGUAACUAUCACAAUAGAAGUCAAAUGCACAAAGUUCAUAGCUCCCCGAGCAUUUUCAAUAUGACUAGCCAACAACAACGACACGGCUUCCAUCAUCAAUUCCACAACUACAAGCCGCCAGUCCAUCAGUUUGCCAAACCUCCACCCGUUGAUCCGGAAAGACUUAUCUCCGUUAGGUCUGUGGGGCGAGCUGAGGGGAUGAGAUACCAUGUGGAUCAUAAUAGUCCACAUUACUACCAUUCAACCACGAGGCACAACCACAACCGGGGCAAUGGAUGUAUGCAUUAUGAGGAUUAUGGGGAAAGAACAGACAGUCUUUCUCCUGUGGACAAAAGAAAUGGUAGCUUUUCUCCAAGUCCCCAUUCCCUAAGUCCCCUUGCAGGAUCAACAGAUAGUUGAAUUCUCCAUUUCUCUCUCCGGAACAACUUUCACCUCUCUUUUUGUACAUAUGUUUGUGGAGUGUUUCUGAUCAGUACAUACUAUUAUCGUAUAUCAUCAAAUGAAAUGGGCAUCAAUUUUUCAUG